CCGACCCAAAAUGCGAAUCAACGGCUAUAAAUUCCCCUUUCUUUUUUCCUCUACCCUGCCACCAUUCACGCCGGGAAUCAACCAUUCCGGGCAACGUUCUCUCUCUCUCCCUCUCUCUCAAAAUAUCUGUCCUCACCCUCACUUUCUCUCUCUAAAUCGUUGGCAGAUUCCAUUUCUGGGUUUUGCUGGGUUUUUGAUAUCUUUUGGCGGGUCUGAGUUGGAAUUUUCAUAGUCCUGUGUCUGUAUAUACAAAUUGUAAACAUUUGUAUGUACAGGUAUGGUGAUGACGGUGGCGUCGCCGAGGAAGUCGAUAAACACGGUGUUCCAGAGAGUUGGGGUCUAUGGAUUUGGCGGGAGCAGCCAGAAGAGACGCAAGUAUGACAUUCAGGAUAGUGAUGAUGAAGGGACGAUGGAGAUGAUGCAGAUUGGCGCCGAGAGGACCAAGAAUGUGCUGAUCUUGAUGAGUGACACCGGCGGAGGCCACCGUGCCUCGGCGGAGGCGAUUCGGGACGCCUUCAGACUGGAGUUUGGGGACGAAUAUCGGGUUGUUGUGAAGGAUGUUUGGAAGGAGUACACUGGCUGGCCAUUGAACGACAUGGAGAGAUCGUACAAGUUCAUGAUUAAACAUGUACAGCUUUGGAAGGUUGCAUUUCACAGUACAUCUCCUCGAUGGAUACACUCUUGCUACCUUGCCGCCAUCGCCGCCUUUUAUGCCAAGGAGGUUGAGGCUGGUCUUAUGGAGUACAAGCCAGACAUUAUCAUUAGUGUUCAUCCUCUCAUGCAACACAUCCCUUUGUGGGUUCUUAAAUGGCAAGGUCUACAAAAGAAAGUAAUUUUUGUCAGCGUCAUCACAGACCUUAAUACCUGCCACCGGACAUGGUUUCACCCUGGGGUCAAUCGAUGCUACUGCCCCUCAGAAGAGGUAGCAAAGAGGGCUUUGCUUGAUGGCCUAGAAGAAUCUCAAACACGUGUUUUUGGCUUGCCAAUCAGACCUUCUUUUUGCCGCGCUGUUCUUUCCAAGGAUGAUUUAAGAGUUGAGCUUGAGAUGGAUCCAGAAUUACCUGCAGUUUUGCUGAUGGGAGGGGGUGAAGGAAUGGGGCCUGUGAAGAAAACUGCGAAAGCUCUUGGAGAAUCUCUAUUUGAUGAAGAACUUGGGAAACCAAUUGGGCAAUUGAUUAUUAUUUGUGGUCGUAACAAAGACCUAGUUUCUACACUAGAAUUACUUGAAUGGAAUAUCCCAGUGAAGAUUAGAGGGUUUGUGACUCAGAUGGAGAAAUAUAUGGGUGCUUGUGACUGCAUUAUUACAAAGGCAGGACCUGGUACAAUUGCAGAGGCAUUGAUCCGAGGGCUUCCUAUUAUUCUCAAUGACUACAUUCCUGGGCAAGAAAAGGGAAAUGUUCCCUACGUAGUAGACAACGGGGCAGGUGUCUUCACUAGAAGUCCGAAGGAAACAGCCAAGCUCGUGGCCGAAUGGUUCAGUACCAAAAGGGAUGAACUCAAGAGAAUGUCAGAGAAUGCGCUCAAACUUGCGCAACCAGAUGCGGUGUUUGACAUUGUGAAGGACAUCCACGAACUUGCAUGCCAACGGGGCCCUCAAGCCAAUAUCCCCUAUGUGUUAACAUCAUCAAUUUCUAGCCUAAUUUAACCAUCACGUUCGCAUAUUUUGGUGGGACCAACAUUUGUUCUACUAAGAUUUCAUGUACAGGUAAACUUUGAUAAUUUCAUUCUUUGGCCUCAGUGGCCUGGGUACCCAAUGGCCUGGGUACCCAUUGUAAGUUUUUGUUGGACAAGCAAAUUCUUAUGUUUGGAAGGGUUGCGCUUUUUUUCUUAUUUUAUUUUAUUUAUAAAUAAAAUGUUGUCGUCAACAAUUCGAGAUGGGCCUGAAUUAUUCAGUCGCCGCGACAUGAUUAUGCCGACACAAGGCCCAUCAAUAAUCAACACUGGGCCAAAUAAUCAGCCUAGCGGCCCAGUCGACAUAGGCCCAUCUAUAAGUGAGGCCGGAUCCAAUAACUCCGAAUCAUCAAGGCUCAAUACGGAUGAGGUGUCCAAAUUAAUAGCAGAAGCUGUAAAGGCCGUAGUCGAAGGGUCCACAUCAGCACAAAAAAUAAAUGUAUAACGGAGGCCGAUGUAAAACAAGUUGUAAUCAAUUAUUUUAUUACUAACAAUAUUUCAAUCUACAA